AUGCUUGCUGUUACUCUCGUCGUCGCGUCCCUCGUGACGUACCUUCUAUACUCUCUAUGGCGUCUUGUGUAUAACGUAUACUUCCACCCUCUGGCCAAAUUCCCUGGUCCUUGGUGGGCUGGUGCGACGUCGUAUGCGGAAGCCUACUUUGACAUCAUCAAAGGUGGCCUUUACUUUGCAGAGGUUGAAGCUAUGCACGCGCAUUAUGGACCCAUCGUAAGGAUUACACCGACAGAGUUAUCGAUACGCGACGCAGAGUUCUACGAGCACAUCUAUGGCAGCAUGAACGCUCGUCGCGAUAUCGAUAUUGCCUUUGCCAGACUCACGGUGGCUCCCACGUCGGUCAUCUCCACUCUUAAGCACGACCACCAUCGAGCUCGCCGUAUUCCGCUUCUCAGCUUCUUCUCGAAGCAAGCCAUCACAAGGCUAGAGCCUUUCAUCUCGUCUAGGGUCAAUCUCCUUGUCAAGAAGCUCAAGCAUGCGCAUGAGGUCGGGCGCGUGAUUGAAGCUGUUGAUGCAUAUGGGGCCCUAACAACAGAUGUGAUCAGUUACUAUGCCUAUGGCGAAACAUUCGACUUCCUGGGAAGAGACACCGAUCUUGAGUUUAGGAACGACUAUAUGCAUGCGAUUAGCGGCUUAGCCUUCGCGUCACCAAUGCUACUGCACUUCCCGCUCGUGGCAGACUGCAUGCGGCGUCUGCCAGAGUGGAUCCUGACGAAGAUAAAUCCUGGCAUGAUGAGGGUCAACGAUCUUCGUCGAUGGUGUUCUGCGAACGCCAACAAGGUUCUCCAAGCUGCUUCCUCUGGUGUAAAAAGAGACACGGUGAAACCGAACACUAUCUUUGAGGCUCUGUUGAGCGACGAUCUACCGCCGGAGGAGAAGACUUUGGAACGCAUGACUGACGAAGGCUUCGUGAUUACUGGUGCAGGCCUGGAAACCACAUCGCGAUAUCUGACAAAUAUCACAACCCAUCUGCUGCUGAAUCCGGAUUGCCUAGCCAGACUCCGAGCUGAACUCAAGGUGGCCAUGCCAUCACCGGGCGACUUGCCACCCAGUAUUGUCCUGGAGAAUCUUCCGUACCUGGCAAGUAUUGUUCAUGUCGUGACGUCUGAAAGUAGGCUAACUUUGAUUGCCAAGGCUGCCGUUGUCAACGAAGGACUUCGUCAUGAGACCAUCUUCUCGAACCGGUUUACAAGACAAAUAGUUGAGCCCCUACCAUACAAGAACUUUGUGAUCCCGGCCGGUACCAACAUCGGCUGCGCACCGUAUCUCCAGAAUCACAAUGCCGACGUCUUUCCCGAGCCUGAGAGAUUCAGGCCGGAGCGUUGGAUCGAGGCGCGCGAGCGAGGCGUAAACCUGCCCAAAUACCUGGCGACUUUCGUAAAAGGUGGCCGCAUGUGCCUCGGCAUCAAGUAA